GGGCGUGGUGCGCAUAUACUGCUGCUUAAAGAGUUUACAACCUCACGAUCAUUCCCAGACUUCCGAUCCUGGAUGUACGACUGAGGACUACCGUGAGCGCUGAAAGUUGUUUUCGAAGGUUUUUGGACGACUGGGGAAAAAACAAGGAGAUAUUUCUUUCCUCGCUCCCCCUUGAAGACUUCUUUGGACUCUACCGAAUACGCAAGUCGGUGGGCUUGCCCCCUAUUUGAAUUAAAACACAAGACUCAACCACUUAGUUUCGUGAGAACGGAAGACUAUAUAGCCACAGCUGGAUUCAGUUUUCUUUUCACUGAGAAAGAGAGGAUGUAUCGAAACUUUGGGAGUCAAGAAAGAGGCAACCCACCGUACACAGGCACCUCUGGGACAAACCCUGCUUCCCUUGGAAACACCAGCACUUCAGCCACACAUCAGGAGCAGUUUACAAUGGCAGGGGCCAGUCAGUUUAUCCCCAGCCUCAAUGCCAUCACAAGCAACCAGGACCUCCAGUGGCUGGUCCAGCCCUCGCUCAUGCAUCCACCAGGCCCUUCGCGAUCACCAGUACCUCCUUACCCAGUCCACCCAGGGGCGAGGCCACUGGUUCCACCACCUUCCCAGUCUCACCUUCUCAGGACAGGGGUCAUAAGAACUUCUGCAAACAGCCCAUCUUCAACAAGGCGCAGGAAUGAUGAACAUUUAUCUCAGGAAGAAGUCGAAAGGCGCAGAGUAAGAAGGGAGAGGAAUAAACUGGCAGCAGCAAAGUGUCGCAAUCGGAGACGGGAGCUGACAGAUUCCCUGCAAACUGAGACAGACAUGCUGGAGGAUGAAAAGUCCCGCUUGCAGAAGGAAAUAGCUGAACUACAAAAGGAGAAAGAGAAGCUUGAACUGGUCUUGGAAGCUCACCGACCCAUUUGCAAAAUAGAGGACUCUGAUUCGGAUUCUGACUCAGGUCCAUCCAUUUCCUCUUUGGCAGCCAUCAAACUAGAGCCAGCGGACUCCUGCAGUCCUGGACCCUCAAUCAAACCACCCAUAAAGCUGGAGAAGCCCAGACCAAGGAUAACUAUCCCCACAAAGCCUGUAACAUCAACCGCCUCUGCUGUUGCUACUGAAUCAGAGUCACUCCACACCCCAGUUCUCUCCACGCCCUCUAUCAUGUCCUUCACAGCUGGCACAGUUUUCACCUACCCCUCUGCCUCUUUAGACACCAGUGCCUCCAGCACAUCCCACGUUACAUCACACCAGGGAAGUGUCCAGCAGUCUCAGGCCCCACAGCCCUGUGGGAUAGCGCAUCGCCGCAGCAGCAGCAGCGGUGACCAGUCGGAUCACUCCCUGCACUCACCAACCAUCCUCUCACUGUAAUCGACGGCCCUGCCUUCCUGGCAAUACACUAAGUUUGAUUUCAGCGCAGUCACAGUGCAGGAUGUCAAGGAAAUGUGAUGGAAGUGAAAACGACGGCUCUUAUCAUUUCGAAACGAGCAACGUGCAGCUGCUCGAUUUCUUCAGAAAGUUGAUGCUUUUCUUAGAUAAUAUGCAAAUCUGUGGCAUUAUUAGAAGACGAAUGUUACACUUUUUUUAGUUUUUAUAAGAAUAUAAAGUCUUUAUAUUUCUAAUUUUCAGAGUUAUAAAAUAAGAAUGAGUGUGUUUGAGGUUUAUUGCGAAAGCACUGCAUGCAGACUAUAUUCUCUAAUUACACAAACGUUGUACACAUAACUGUGAUAACUCCAUUUAAUCAUAUAUUAUUAGAUAUAAUACAUUAUAAUGUUCCCUUUGAUAAGUUACUACAUUGUUACAGUGUGUUGUGAAAGUCCUCAAAAAGGGAAACGGAGUGCUUAAACUAACAGGUCCAUAUUUAUGCGUGGACCCUUUCAGAACCCUAAUAUUAUCUUUAUACAAAUUACUGACCACUAAGGCUGGGCCAUAGGAGUUAUUAUAAGUGAUAUAAUCACAUAUUUAUUAUGGAGAAUAUAAUAUAUUUUUUGGUACUGUUUAUGUUUUCUGUUAAAAUGAACUGUUUGGAGGGCAGUGCCUUAAAUUUGUCUUUGUUUGAAAAAAAACAGAUAAUAAAGAACAAAGGUGUGUGCAAAAAGAAAUGCUGUACAGUUAUUGGCAAAAUAAGCAAGAGACUGUGACUGAAAAUCAUCUGAAAAACAGCAGAUUACUCAGAGUCGAUUGUCUGGAUCAUUCGAAAUGUGUGAAAGAGAUUCAGAAAUGUAAAUGAGACGUGACAACGCGACUGAAACGAGGAUUCGAUUCAUUGAUCAGUUGCCUGAUUGAAGUUUAAUGUUCUAGUAAUUUCUUUUUAAUUGAGCAGUAAUGCUGAAUAUUCUCCAGGCGCAGCAGUGGUGGAGUCAGACAGUUUUUAUACACUUUUUUUUUUAACUUAGACUGGGACGAAACACAAAUUGAUGGAAAGUUGUCUUUAGGUCAAAACUAAAAUUUUUGAGUUGCUUCUUUCCACCAUCAACAUUUUUCUGCCAUCCGAAGACAAAAUUUUGGUUUAUCUCAAAAUAUCAACUCAAAAUUUUUGGUAAUAACACAGCAUUUUUACUUAUAGAUGAAAAAAUUGUUCAUUUAUUUAUUAUUUUUUAAGUGGCAGAAAUAGGUUUUCACACAUGUAGACAUGUACACUGUGAAGACUCGUAUACAGUCACAUUUUAAAUCAUUUAAAAAGAAAUAUGCAAUGGUUGUUAAUUUAAUUAUUUUUUAACUGUUGAUAAACAUUAAUUGAUUGUUAAGAUUAUACCCAGCUGUGUCUGAUUACUUCUUAACUCCUAUGAUUAUGUGCGAAGAACCCCCCAAUAAGCUUCAUUAUUGGUUCUGGGGGCAGUGCCACCCCAGACCCCUGCCUGGCUCCGCCCCUGGACUGCAGCUUCUCCAGGUUUCUGUGGUCUUUGAUCUUAACAUCUUCAGACUGUUGAUCAGAAAAAAUCCAAUACUUUGAAGACAUUACCCUUUGACUCUGGGUGUUAAGGCCAUACUUCAUAUCAGUUAAUUGAGAAAAUACCUGACACAGUAAUAAAUACUGAAUUAAUCAUUAAUGGCAGCGAGUAAGAGAGUUUGAUUACUGCACCAUGCGCUGACAAACUCUGCUGGCCACUCUCUGACCCUCCACUCUCAACACUGUGGCCUCUGUUACCCUAAAAUGAAGUGAAUCUCUUGCUAAUACAUACACGGCUCAGAGAGCAUUGAAUUGCUAAAAUGGGAUGAGCGAGGCAGAGAGGCGGAGAUGGAACAAGAGUCAGAUUGAGAGCUGGAGAGCACGAGGGAGAAAAAAUCUGUAUGUACGCUGCUGUCAAAGGACGUCUGUGCAUCACUAAGUGGGUAAAAGCAUCACCCCCCUCCACCCCCAUCAGCUCUCCAGACUGUGCAAAUAGGGCUCCAAAAAUAAAACUGAUGAAUAUCCAUAACGUCAGUCAGUGUGGCAUGAAGGCAGCAUCAAUCAAGCGCAGUUGGUUCAAACACGAAGGUCAGAACAAAUGCAGAAAUCAAUUUGUCGUGUGUGUCAUGUUAAAUGCAUGUUUUCUGCAAGGCAAAUACACAAAGAAAGGUCAGAACAGCCCCGAGUGUCAUAGCCACUGUAUUUAAAGCUUUUCAGUGCACUACGAGCAUAGCCCACCAAUAAACAGCUAACAACAAAAUAAACCUCUUGUAAUCCAGGUGCUAUGGUUUAAACUGAAACUGGUUAGUAAAGCUAGUUAAUACAGACAAAUCAAGAUUAAAGAAGGGCUGAAGUUAAGUUUGCUCCUAAUGUUACAGAUUAAAUACAAAGCAUGAGUUACAGAAGAAGAAGCUAACAAAUCUUAUGAUAAUUCAGCAACAACUUCAUUUAAAAAAAACAAAGACAAGAAGAAAAAAAAGAAUUUAAACAGCUCGGCUUAAACAGAAUAAAAAUCAACCAAAACUUGUAGACCUUCCAGUUUGAUACAAAGAGUUUUCCAGUUGAAUUUUAAAAAUAGUGACAGAACUUAUUUUUCAGUUCAGCUCUGCGUGAGGUCCAACAACAUCUACCAUGCCUGAUCCAAAGUGAGUGUGUAGGUCUGCACGUGUUACAUUAUUCUCUGCAGCCCCACCCCUCAGGAAACCUAAAGGGCCUUCACGUCAGGCUGCUUCACAGGCUUUGUUACAAAUGGUGACAAUCAUCAUGCACACAUGGCACUCCAAUCCUGUCCUGAGGAAGCGAGAGUGCAUAAAAUAUUACACAUCAUUAGCAAAAAAAGCAAUUAUCAAAUAGUUUCCUUUGUUUCAGUGCUAUUGGAAUUCAGAGGACUAAAUAUGGCUCGAAACUGGAUUGAAAUGAAUCUUUAGAUCUGUGUUUUCAAGAUCCAAGAUAACGCUGUCCAGUGCAAUUGAGAAAAAGGCUUCUACCAGUGUAGGCUAAUCCAGUGCAUGAGAUAAAUUUAUAUAUGUGACCCACUUUUUUGGUCCCAUUUUUUUCUCAACAACAGACCACUGAAAAAGGAGAAUUUUCAGGAGAAUCUUUAGAAAAAACACUGUAAAAUUUAGACAUGUU